UGAUACGCAGCUAAUGAGCCAAUGUACAACAUCCUGGAGUGGAGGUAUUUGUCUGAACUUGGAGCCUGAUCCCCGGAAAUCAAAACAAAGCGUCUGAGGAGCCCUCAUAGCUGGGAUUAAUUUCCUCCAGUUCUUGGUCCGGUUUGUUUCAUAGAGGUUUAAACUGCGCUUUCUAGGGUCAGGGGAGUCUCGGAACAGAGGGCUGUCUUGAAGUCUGGACGCUGUCGCCUUCCUUACUGUAACAUAACGCCCUCUUUUGAUUAUCAGACACACAGUUUGAAAAUGGCCUCAGACGAGCUCUCCUCAAAGCUCAGCCGUAGGCUCCAGAUCGAGGAAGGAGCGGAGGAGCCGGUGGCCGUGGACCAGCCCGGGCACCAGAACGGGUCGGAGGAGAAGUCGACCACGGCCAACGCGGACUCGGAGCUGGGGGCCAAACUGCAGCGGAGAGAGGAGCUGAACGAGGGUCAGGGAGAGCAUGUGCAGCCCAGCAUGAAGGUGUUCAACCCUUACACCGAGUUCAAAGAGUUCUCCAGACACCAGAUUAAAGACAUGGAGAAGAUGUUCAAAAAGUACGACAUUGAGAGGGACAACUUCAUCGACCUGAUGGAGCUGAAGCUGAUGAUGGAGAAGCUCGAAGCUCCGCAGACUCACAUGGCCUUAAAGAACAUGAUCAAGGAGGUGGACGAGGACCUGGACAACAAGCUCAACUUCAGAGAGUUCCUGCUGAUCUUUAGGAAAGCAGCAGCGGGAGAGCUGGCAGAGGACAGCGGCCUCAGUGUCCUUGCUCGACUCUCUGAAAUCGAUGUCUCUGAAGAGGGGGUCAAAGGAGCCAAGUCCUUCUUUGAAGCCAAAGUUCAUGCCAUCAAUGAGUCCAACCGGUUUGAGGCGGAGAUCCGUCAGGAGCAGGAGGCCAAGAAGAAGCAGCUGGAGGAGCAGAAACAAAGACGUGCCGCUUUCAAAGAACUGCAGUCGGCCUUCAAGUGACCCCGCCCCCUCCGCGCCUCCUCCUCUCUGCUCUCAGGACCGGCCUCUCUCUGUGCUGCACUAGCGCUGUCAGUGUGUCAAUGUGUGUUUGGAUGCUUUGUGUGUGUGUGAGAGCGGGGUUGUUUCUGAGUCAAACACAGGCGGGUUAUUGGUCGACGAUACAGGGGACUGAUGCAGCAUCAUAAAUCAGCACUGUCUGUGCUUAUUCAGAUUAAAGGGAUCAUCACUCAUGUAUUCAUUUAGUAUUUAGCUCAGAUCCGGUCCAUGCAAGCUCACUGCAACUCAACAGUAUUCCAAGUUUGACAUGCUGUAAUGAGCAUAGACUGUAUGUAAGAAGUUCUUCUUUGAUGCUCUUAUUCUGGUGGAGUAUUGCGUUUUCAAGGGACCAUAAUUUAGAAAAUAAGCAUCAUGUUGUGUUUGAGAAGAUGAAAAAUAAGAGAUUUUGACAUGAGAAUUGUUAAGAAAUGUUUACCAAGGCACUGCCAAGUACUGCCUUUUUUCUCAUAGACUUCUCCCAGUGCAGCUUCUCUUUUCAACCAGUAGAGUCGCCCCCUGCUGGCUGUUUUAGACCUGAAGGCUGCACCCACUUCUUACAUACAGUCUAUAAUAGUGAGCUGAUAAAUGGAUCAUUAUUAUCAUCCUCUGCUGUGUCUCAAACACCAAAGAAGGUAUUAUUUUUCUAACCUUUAGCCCUGCAGGUGCUGACACAGAGUAUCACAGCUAAAGUCAUUAAAUGAUUGUCAUUGUGACUUUUAAGUGUACUAGGAUCCUGCUUUAUUAUAUAAAUAAUUGCUGUGCAAUGGUUGGGUAUCUAAUAAAUCAUCAAAAUCAAAGAAUCAGCUCCUCUAAUUGGCCUCCUCAACCUGUACCUGACUGACUCUUGAUUUUACUAAAAAAGAUGCUUGAUGUGGAAUAGCCUGGGCACCAAGUGCCUGCAGGCUUUGGAUGUUAAAAGUGAAAAUUUUAGGAAAAAUGACCCCCGGGCCUUUCUCAAACUGCUCCCUUUGCACUCGACUUGAGGAUGGUGAUCGCCAUCUGACAUCACAGCUGAGCACAGCAGCAUGUUUGGGACAUUUUACCCUCAACCAUGUUUUUGUCACUCUGUCUGCGGAAAAUUUACUCGUCAACAACAUCACCCAUAUCUUUGGUAACACUCGGCUUAAUCAUGAUGCAAUCAAGAGCUAUAAUUCAUGUGCUGAUUUUUUUAUAAUUGCCUAAAUCUGGUGAUUUAUCAUCCCUUUCAGCAAACUUUUGUCAAGCCAUUGCAACGUCUUCCUGCAGCCAUGUUGAUGAAAAUAAGUCCACCACUGCUCCUCAAUGUCUCAUUUACCUUUAAAAACUCCCAGACAGCUCAUUGGACAGGUCAGAAGUCAUCUGAGCCCUGUGUUAUCAAUUAUUUACCUAUUUACUGUUCACUUAUUUCCCUUUAGUACACAGCCAGUUCCUUUUUCCACAGCUGAGUUCACAUCAGAAUUUUCAAUCUUCCCCAGAGUUCCUCAUUUUCUUUCAAAAUAAAAGCAGGCUGGUGUCCAAACAGGAAGUCAGAUACCCUUCGAUCAGGGUUGUCCAAACUAUGGCCCACAUUAAAACAUGAAGCCUGUGCUCAACUGUACUGCACUUGGCGGUGCUACCAUGUUAAAUCUGUAAACAAACAUUUUGACAGGAAGAUAUCCUGAUUAAUAACGUCCUGAUGGAUAUUCACAGCAAAUACGUGCACCGAAAACUUUUCCGGGGCAAAGCCAGUGGUCGCCAGGGCUAAACAGGGCUGAAAUCUGAUUGGCUCCCCAAAAUCCUAAAAAUGACUGUCUAUUUGCCCUGUCAGACAUUAACUAGCCAUUUAGGCAGACUUAAUCGCAAGCAUGUAUUAACUCACAUUGGAUUAGUCUUAGUAACUUUAAAAUCCUCAUGAUGAGAGAUAUGAAAGUGGCCCCACCAUCCUAAUAUAUUUCUGUAUGUGGCCCUCUGUGGGGAAAGUUUGGACACCCCUGCCUUAGUUGAAGACAUUACAAAAAUCCAAAAUGAAAGAAAAACUUUCUUAACCUAAAAUUGUGGAAAAUCAAAGCGUGACAUAAAAGAAUGGGACUGUUUUACCUGCUGUUUUCAUUUUUAUCAGUAAAAAAAUGCUCUGUUUUAAAAACCCCUGUAAACAUAACACUCUUCAGUGUCAAACAAAAAAUAGUAAAAAUUUCAAGAUUUGAAAAGUCAACUGUAAUUGUAAAGAAAACUCUGUUGUUGCAUCUGUUUGAUACGCUAUUUUUGGGGGUUUUCCAUAGAGCAUGUCCAUGUGGACCUCAUUUGGGGUAUAUGCAUAUGGGGCCCAAGUCCCACGGGAUCUAUGGCGGCUCGUCCUGUGAUAGCAAAUGUGGACAUCCACCCAUAAAGGCCCCAUGUAAAGCAGAAGUCCACAUGGGCAUCUGCAUUGGAAACCAAGAGCAAAUUCCACCAGGGCCCAUAUUUGCAGGCCACAUGGACAUUUGGCCAUUUAUAAUCAUAGACUGCAGAAGAUAUCGGACAAAGCCUGAAGUACAGUAGCCAUUAGGCUUUGAGUGAGCCUUUGAGUCCAAUCCACAGGCAGCCUUCAUAUUUAAAACUACUAAAAUUUGGAUCAACUUAGAAAAAGACAAAGAGGCAGAGCUGACAAACAGCUUAAAGUUAAAUCAGCCACACCCCAAUGGUGCAGAACUCCUGUCCUACAUCGUGUACCCAUAAAGACAUGAACUCACUCAAUAAAAGGUGUUAAACCUCCGCCUCUGUGCAGACUAACCGCUGGUGGUUUUAGCAGCGCACUUUCACUUUGUACCCCAGUGUUUUGGAUGCAACUCUGGGUAGCAGACCCUCCAUGUGAGCAUGCAAACUGGGCGGAAGCGCUCAGGGAGAGGGUGUUAGGAUUGGUUUGAGGAAGGCCCCAUGAUUUCUGACUUAAAAGUCAUAAUUUGGAGGAAAAAAAUAUCCAUGCUUUAAGACAAAUCAUCAUCUUUGGGUCACUUUGUGUCAGAAAAAAAGGCUAACUUUUAAUGUUAAAAUUGCAAAUAUGCAAAAAAAAAAAAAAGCAUUGACAAUUAACCCAUUUCCUUAUGUUUGCCAUGUUUCAGCUUUUUCGUAACUUCUAUGUCAGCUUGCUAAGCUAAAACAAUCUUUGAUUUACAGACAAUUAUUUAAACUCAUCAGAGCAUCAGUUCAUCUCCCCUCUCACUCAUCAUUUCCUCACAGGGAUGCAGGGUUUGUGUGUAGAUUAGCGUUGGUCUCUGACUUCCAGACUCGCGUUAAAUCCUCACUCACUGUUCCAAACAUGUGACAUCAGUCACACACUUUGUGUUAAAUGUUGAACAAUGAACAAAAAAAGCUGAGCUCUUAAUUUUGUACUGUCAGCUCUGUAUUUUUGUACACUGGGGCUGAGCGGGUGGGCAUUAGCUAGAUUUUGAUAUUUGUGGUGUGGGAUGGUUGUGAACCAUGUUUGCAUGAGCCAUGUUCGGUACUUUAUUAAUAUAUAUUUGUUUUUUGUAACUUUCUUUUCUAGUUUUUGCUACUGUAUCUAUCCAGUCAGCUGUGUGACUUAUCCUACUUUUACUUCAGAUGGAAACUUUCAAAAUAAGACAUCUGGAAGUGAAAGUUUUUAAACUUCCUGAUUCAUAUCUGAUGUCUCCUUUACCAAAGAAGGACAGUGAUUUUUAAGGGUAAAUGUGUUCUCUCUGGUUGAAAUGAGCAAAAUCAAUGCAGACUGUUAUCUUUAAAUCAUUCUGAUUGAUUGAUUUGUUAUCGUCUCAUGCAUACACAUUAUAACCAGCCUAAAACAGGCUCAGCCUGACAACACACAAGAUGAUUUUUAAGCAUAAUUUUGAGCCUGAUUUGGCCUUUAAAAAUCAGGAGAUGUGGCCUGAUUCAAGGCAUGCCAUGACUUAUUAUUAGUCCAGUAAUCCUGAAGUGUUUGGCAUCAAUAGGAUUAUUUUACAGCAAGAAGAAAAAACAAUGCCAGAUCACUUGCAAAUAAAAAACUGAAAAUCCAAGGCACUCUGGUGUAAUUAAAAGCCCUUUAUUCUUUAUUUAACAGGGAUAUCUACACGUUUCGACUCCCAACGAGUCGGGUUAAAGUAAAAUAAGUGCAGUAAAAUAAAUGCUGUGACACCACACUUAAGAGUUAUUCAUCAGCAGCGAGCUUCGGCUCAGGACGUCCCCUCAGUCUUUAGAGGGGUGGGACUUCGGCCCCCAGGUCGGUCUUAGAAUGAUCUCGUGUGUAGCCAGCCUUAAACACACCAUUAUCAACACAAAGAGACCGAAAUAACCUCUUGAUGUUUCUUCCAGCCUUUAUCAAUGAAUUAAAACAGAAAGUAUCCCUGACUCUGAUGAUUCUGGAGGUUAAACGCAGCUUCCCAUGUGCCAUAGAAGCGUUUUUGGUGUUUAAAGCUCACAGUGACUAACGUCGUGACUAAUCUGUAUCUUGACCUUUUGAGAGCGUGGACAGAAUGUGUCAGCUUGAAAAGGAAGAGGAAGUGUUAUUUCCUGCUGAUGUGAAGACAUAGUUCCUUCUCUUAAGUGUAAUGAUGUUUUCACAUCUUAUCAGAACAAGAAGAGUGUUAUUUCCUGCUAAGAUGCCAAUCAGCUCAUUUCCUGCGUUCUUUAUUUUUGCCUAAUCGAGCUUAAAGGAGCUUUAACAAUGGAGUGUCAGAGCCACAAUGAAGAAAAAACAGAUAUUUUGAUAAUGAAGUCAUGAUUUCAUUAGAUGAAAAGUUGUAUUUUGCUCAACUUCCCUGCUUAAGAUAGAAUCAGUUCCUCGCCCAAUGUCUAACCAGGAUACUAAAGUCGUUUCCAUUCAGGUGAAUGGCUGCUUUCAUGACACAGUCCCUUAAAAUUAACAUCAAGGCUUUACACCAAUUAAACAUACAAAUUUCUUCCCACAAAAUGGAAACUUUAUUCUCAAAAUCUCUCGUUAGAUUUUCUUUAAGGUGGCCCAUAUAUUGAGUUUCAUCAUCUAUAAUCAGGUAAAUCUCUAUUUUGACAUAAAUGUUUGCAUAGUUUGCACAUUUUCAAUCAAACACUAGAGCUACCACCUGAUGGGUAAAUGCUUCUCCCAGGUAUACGAUUAGCUGUCUGUACGAGUGCACUGGUGGAUUUUGGCCUCGACCUCAUACCUCCAAAACUGAUCUAGUUUAUUCUUGGACAUUUGUGCAAAGUUUGAAGAAAAUCCCUCAUGGCAUUGUAUAGAUAUCACACUCAGAACAGCAGCCCAGUCAGAGAGAGAAAUCCCAACCAACCUGCCUCAGACCUCUGGCUUUCUCAGCUGCAGAGGCGUUAAAAACAACUGAACCAGGGUAAAAUGUCAGCUUUUAGUUCAGCAUUAUCCUCCUGUCUGAAGCAUCAGCUGAUAACCCUGAAGGUGGUUUUGUGUUUUGUGACUAUGCAUUUUCAUUUGGUGAAAUUCUAACUUUGUAGUAUCUUUUUCAGACAAUCUUCCAUCAUUUAUUAUAAAAAUACUCUUAUAAAACCAACCAUUCCAAACAUGUCUGCAAAAAAUUUUAGACUUAAAAACAGUUCAAGUUUUUCUCAAGCUGAUGUAACUACACUAAAUGUGCAUUUAUAAAACAGACCAAACAGCACCACCUUCCUCCUCAGUCUGUCCAGGUCUGCUCUUAAAUCCUGAAGUCUUCCUCACGUUCCUUCACUGUUGGUUCCGUGUUUUCAGCGUUGGUGUAUUUUUCCUCCUGUUUCCUGAUUUAGCUGCACAGAUAGAGGACUCUUCAGUCGUUUUCUCUCCAUGUGGUCUUGUGUUCUUGUACUGUGUUGCAUUAAUCAUAAUGUUGUUGUAUAUUUUUCCAAAAUGCAGUUGUACAAAUAAUUCCAGUCGAGUGAUUUCAAGCAAAUAAAGCAGUAAUUUUUACACCA